CUCCAAGGAAGGGGCCGUGGGAGCGUACCUCCAAGAUGGAAUAGAACUGAUUCUUUCUUCAAGGCGGCCCUGGUGUCGCUCAUUGCCAAAUUAGGAUAUACGUCUUUUGUGUGCGUUUGGGUCUGUGCGUGUGCGGACAAUUUGCCUUGUGGUUUGCCAAGAAUGGAUGACCAAGGGAGGCUGAUCCAAGCCAGGGGGGCAGUGGGGCUCACAGGCCACCCCCCAGUCCAAGGAGUCCAGACCAUGACCCCCCACUCUCUCCACGAGCCCCCCUCGGAUAACGGCGAGCCUCGGAAGCAAGACAUCGGCGACAUCCUCCAACAGAUCAUGACCAUCACCGACCAAAGCUUGGACGAGGCGCAGGCAAAUUUAAACUGCAGGAAACACGCUCUGAAUUGCCAUCGAAUGAAACCUGCCCUGUUCACCGUGCUCUGUGAAAUCAAAGAAAAAACAGGACUGAGCAUCCGAAGUUCCCAGGAGGAAGAACCUGUGGACCCCCAGCUGAUGCGCCUGGACAAUAUGCUCCUUGCUGAGGGGGUGGCUGGGCCCGAGAAGGGGGCUGCCGCCGCUGCAGCUGCCGCCGCUGCAGGAGGGGUGUCCCCGGACAACUCCAUCGAGCACUCCGACUAUCGCAACAAGCUCUCCCAGAUCCGCCAGAUCUACCACUCGGAGCUGGAGAAGUAUGAACAGGCCUGCAACGAGUUCACAACACAUGUGAUGAACCUCCUUCGGGAGCAGAGCCGCACGCGCCCCGUGUCGCCCAAGGAGAUCGAGCGCAUGGUCAGCAUCAUCCACCGCAAAUUCAGCUCCAUCCAGAUGCAGCUGAAGCAGAGCACGUGCGAAGCCGUCAUGAUCCUGCGCUCCCGCUUCCUUGACGCCAGGCGGAAACGCCGCAAUUUCAGCAAACAGGCCACAGAGGUGUUGAAUGAGUACUUCUAUUCACACCUGAGCAACCCCUAUCCCAGCGAGGAGGCCAAGGAGGAGCUUGCCAAGAAAUGCGGCAUCACAGUCUCACAGGUCUCAAACUGGUUCGGGAACAAGCGCAUCCGCUAUAAGAAGAACAUCGGCAAGUUCCAAGAGGAAGCCAAUAUUUACGCCGUGAAAACGGCUGUCAGCGCCGCGCAGAGUGGGGGCGACUCCCCCAACACCCCCUCCUCCGCGGGCUCCGGUGGAUCCUUCAAUCUCUCCAACUCUGGCGAUAUGUUCAUGGGCCUCCAAGGCCUGAAUGGAGACUCCUAUCCCACAUCACAGGUGGAAUCGAUGCGUCACUCCAUGGGGCCGGGCGGCUACGGAGACAGUAUGGCCGCUAGCCAGAUGUACAGCCCACGAGAAAUGAGGGCCAACGGUGGCUGGCAAGAAGCGGCCACCCCAUCCUCCGUGACCUCCCCAACAGAAGGUCCUGGCAGCGUCCACUCCGACACCUCCAACUGAUCCUCUCCUGCCGUGCGCCUCCCUCCCCGCCUGUCUUCUCCCUUCCGGCUCCAGGGAAGAGGCCAAAGCCAAACAAGACUGGGCAGGGAAAGAACUCUCUCCCCUGCCGAGAGAAUAACUGCAUCACAGUGCCAGGAAAAGGGGACGGGGAGGGAUAUCGAGUAUGGCGCCUCUUGGGAUUUACAGUGGCAGCACUCCUUUGGGGAAGGUCACUCAGGAGGCGACCGUUGUGUGACCCAGGAUGGUUCAUUGUCCCAUCGUCCCGAAGGGCGCCUGUUUAGUAACCAAGAUGCAACUCUAGAAAUGGUGAAGGGGACCCAAUAUAGUCAACAUCGGUGGGUGGUGGGUGGGCGGGAAGGGAAAUCCCAAAUGGCGUAUCUACUUGGAGGGGUUGGGGUGUGUGUGUGUGAGCCAGUGUGGUACCUGCAACCUGAUUAUCAUUGUCCGGUGGAUCAGUCUCAUUUGAGGACGCCUGCCUGAGAGGACCCCAGGUGGCAUUCCGGCUGUGUGUUACGGGAUGCGAUUCGAGAUGGCAACGCAGUGGGGGUCACUCAGUAGUAGGACGAUCCAAGUCGUUCCGCCUAAUAAGGCUUCCGUUGGCAUCUCUCUAUGACGGGAUGAUUCCAAGAUGGCAAACCAUGGUCUCUUCACGCCAAGAUGAAUUAAUGGCAGGGGUGGGUUUAAAAAAAAAAAAAGGAAAAAGAAUCGGAGCCAAGGACAUUGUCCAGACCCAAGACAGGAUCUCCCCCAGUGGUGGUAAACAAAAGACAUUAUCCCACUGCUUUUCCUCAGUCUCAACAGAAGAUUUUGUGGAACCGAGCUGACGUUUUUACCUAGGGAGAAGAAGAAUCCAAUACACAUUUCUACAGGAAUAGUUUCUCCAGGGCAUCUUAAGACAGACACCGCUUGAAUUAGAAAGGGAUUGUUUCUGGGCAGCACGGUCUUCAAAAAAGGAAGCUGCACCUGGGCCCAGAUAAUGCUCCUCCAUUAGGCAAAGGAACAGGCGGUACCUUACCGGAGGACAGUGGCUUUGAAGAUGGCAGAUCAAGGUCCUGGGUGAGGAGGGAAGGUUUAUAAGCACAAGUUUCCUAUCUCCUCCUGUGCAGGACUGAUAGCUUAAAAAUAAGUCAAGGGGAGCAGCCAAGCAAUGACGGGAGCCAAGCUCAACACAGAUCUCACAUGCUGUACCUUAACUGCAACUUCUGUUUCCCAUUGUGGUUGGGACCUCAUUACACAUCCUUUCGCUCUCGUUGACCUCUGCCCUUUGCUGCCUCUCCUCCUCCCCUUCUUUUAGUUUAUCCCGCUGCAACCCUUCCUUACAUCCCUGCCUAGUUUCCUUCUGAAUGUUCAUCCUUGCGUCUCCUUUUUAAAAUACGUUUUGCAUUACUAACUUCUUAUCAUUUUUCCCACCGCACCACCAGUACAGGGGCUUUUCUGCCUGAUCAAACAAAACUCGAUCAGCCAGAUACACAGACUGCCUGUCACCCUUGUACAGGCCUCCCAUCCAGUGACACUAGCGCAGCAAUUCAUCGAGAUGUGACAGGUAGGAAGCGUCCAUAGCAAUGCUCCCUUCUAAGCUGUGGAGUCUUGUGAGCAAAAAUUCUACUUUGUGAGC